AUGGUGAAACCUCAAGUAAGUAUGGAAAGUAAGAGGAAAGUCAAAAGCAAGUCCAUAAGAGCGAUGCUUAUGGAUGAAGAUGAUGAGAUAGAUAAAGAUCCUUCAACAUUUGAUAGUAGGAAAAAUCCUUUUCGUAUUGAUACAAUUGAUCAAUAUGAUAGUGAUGCUAGUUUGAAUGAUAUUAAUGUUGAGGAGUGGGAUGAGUGA